AUGCUGUGGAAAGACUGGCUGUAUGGAGCUUUGGCAGCAAGUGCUCUCUUCACGGUCUACUCGCUAUGGCAAAGUCGGCCAAAGAAUGAGCUUCUAAGACCUAAAACUCGCGGCGUUGCUCUGCUCAUCGGCAACACGCCGAUGGUGGAGAUUGAGUCGCUUCUGCGUCUAACCGGUUGCAAAAUCUACGCCAAACUCGAGCUCAUGAAUCCGGCAGGGCUGCUGAAGGAUCGUGUGGCGCUUGCAAUCAUCAAGGAAAGUGAACGCCUUGGCCGUUUGAAGCCCCACAACGGCGAUAUCAUCUUCGAGGGAACCUCUGGAUCUACAGGUAUUUCCUUCACAGUGUUGGCCAAUGCUUUGGGAUAUACUGCCCACAUUUGUCUUCCUGACGAUACCUCGCCUGAGAAAUUACAAUUGUUGAAGUCGUUGGGCGCUGAGUUGGAGCCUGUGAAACCAGCGCCCAUUGUGGAUCCAAACCAGUAUACGAAUGCUGCUCGCAAUGGUGCUGCAAUGGUCAAUGAGGAGUCAAGCGGUAGAAAUGCCAUUUUCGCUGAUCAGUUCGAGAACGAUUUCAACUGGAGGAUACAUUACAAUACUACAGGGCCUGAGAUUUGGCAGCAAACUGAAGGUGACCUAGAUGUGUUCAUUACAGGAUCUGGCACCGGCGGCACGAUCCUGGGUGUGUCCAAGUACUUGAAGGAAAAGCUGCCACUGGUCAAGGUGAUUCUUGCCGAUCCUCAAGGAUCUGGUCUUGCUAAUAGAGUCAACUAUGGUGUCAUGUACGACACAGUUGAGAAGGAGGGCAAAAGAAGGCAUCAGGUAGAUACGAUGGUUGAAGGUGUUGGUUUGAAUAGGCUCACAUGGAACUUCAAGCAAGGAGAGCAUAACAUUGAUAGUGCCAUAAGAGUCACUGACGACCAGGCGGUGAAAAUGGCCAAGUUCUUGUGUGUGAACGAUGGUUUUUUCUGGGGCCUGUCUGCUGCAGUCAAUUGUGUUGCUGCGGUUAAGACAGCCAUGGAGCUAGGCCCUGGCCAUAACAUUGUCGUCAUUGCUUGUGACCUGGGUGCCAGGCAUUUGCUGAAAUUCUGGAAGGUCGCUGCAGAAGUGCCAUCCACAGUUACGCUCGAAGAUAUCCUCAACACUUGA